GCGAUCGGCAGGCGAGUCAAAUUGGGAGACCCGAACGUUGUCCUGUUCCGCGGAAGCAAACCACUAGUUCGCAAAGUCCGCCUCGCCCCACGCCACUCUCCCGGAUCCUCUACGCCUCGUGACAUCGCCGCAGAGGACCACUUCCGCCAUCACGCCCAACCGACUCGCCUCCCCUGCUCACCUUCAAAUACUGAGGUCGUUUGCAAACGCUUCCCUCCAGCUAGCUCCCUACUCCCCCCAGCCUCCUGCUCUUCUCCUCUCGUCAUCGGCCAAGAAACGUGUUCCAGGAAGCGGUGAUGGUCAUGCCGUCUUCUUCGUCGUCGUCGGUGCUGCCGCCGGCGGGCGCGCAGCCAGUGUUCUCCGCCGAGGCAGCGUUGUCGGGCGGCGGCGGCGGCGGGCAGCAGCAGCAGCAGCUGGCCAUCAGCAACAUAGUGCUCCUGGCCGCGGUCAUCUUCCUCUUCAUGGUCGUGCUCUUCGUCUUCCUGCUCUACCUCUACGCGAAGCGGUACCUCGGCGCGAACCCGCUCCUGGCCCCGUCAGCGCCCUCCUCGCGGUUCCUCUUCGUCGCCGCGUCCCCGCUCCCGGCCUCCAUCCUGCGGUCCCUACCAGUCACGGUAUACGGCGGUGGCUCUCCCGGAGGCGCCGCCGGCAAGGAGGCGCUCGAGUGCGCGGUGUGCCUGUCCGAGGUGGCCGACGGAGAGAAGGUGCGGACGCUGCGCAAGUGCUGCCACGGGUUCCACGUCGAGUGCAUCGACAAGUGGUUUCACUCCCACGACACGUGCCCGCUCUGCCGCGCGCCCGUCGGCGCCGGCGAGACGGACGCUGCCGCCGCGGGGCUGCCGCUCGUGCCGCGGGAGGAGCCCGCGCUCGAGUUCCCCAUGUUCGCCACCAACGUCCUCUUCUGGGCCACCCACGACGAGGUAACCAACGCCGGCCUCGCCAUGCCGCCGCCGCCACCCAUCGCCGCCGCGGUCUCCACGAGCUCCUCGGGCUCCGGCCGCAGGAAGGAGAGCCUGGUGAUCGAGAUCCCGUCGCGGUCCGUGCCCGUGAUCGCACCGAUUACUUCACCGCUGCCGGCGAGCACGAUCCCCGGAGGCGCGGGCGAGAUGAGGUCGCCGGUGUCGGCCCGGCUGAGGUCGCUGCGCCGGCUGCUGAGCAGGGGCAAGCAGGUCGUGGUGGGCACUUCCUACAGCCCGCGUGGCGCCGGUGACGUCCAGGGGUUCGCCGGAGCUGAGGCAGCCCUCCCGCCCAAGACACCUCCGUCGGCGAACUGAUUCAGAGUUCCGAGCACCGGGACGCAUAUGGCUCGCCAGGCCGAUCACCGGAGCGCACACAUUUGUUCAUUCUUUCUUUCCCUUUUUAUUUAACCAAAAUGGAGUUUUGGCAGAAAAAAGGUUCUGAUGUAAACUGAGGAAGACAUUGGUGUUGAUUGGUUCUUGUUGUUGGGGAAUGAAUGACAAAUUUGUUCAUAUGUUAAUCACGAGAUUGUUCUUGAAUCUUGACUCGCUGGCUUUGCUUUUCAGGAUAUUUUCUUCGGGAGGUGCAUGUGUUUCAGAUGAACUCUGCCUCUUCAGCAAGUCGUCUUUAACAAGAUCAGGAACUGAAAAGGUGAAUUGAGCAAGAAGGUGCUCCAACUGCAUUUGUGCCCAGCAAAGUACUUCAACUGUAUGCCGAGCAGAGUACGGAAUGCGAAGGACACAAGGUCUGCGCUUUCUAAGCAAAGAGUUGGUUCGGGCUGACCAAAACUUGUCUCAGUAGUGAAGGAAAUUCUAUAAGAUUUUAUCGUACAGAAA